AUGAACGAGGGUGUGUUGGCGCGUGCAGCGUCAGCAGACGCGAUCGAGGGCGCAUCUGCGUACAAAUACCAGCAGGAGAUCGCACAAAUGGUACUUAUUUACAAUAUAAGCUCACAGCAGAUGUUUGUCUCGACGGAGAUUGAGAAUCCGGAUCCGCAAGUGACCCGGUUGAUUGAAGAUAUCGUGCGGAACCAAGUGAUUGAAAUGUCGCGAAAGCUUGCAGCCAGGCGCACGUCCAAAUACCUUUCGCCUGAGGAUUUACUCUUUUUGAUCCGGUACGACCGGGCAAAGGUCAACCGUUUGCGCACCUAUUUGAGCUGGAAGGAUGUGCGCAAGAAUGCAAAAGACAGUGGUGGAGAAGGGGGUGGUGGUGCUCCUGCUGGUGGUGAAGCUGGAGAAGGCCUGGAAGAAACAGUGGUUGAUGGGCCACUACGUGUCAACAAACGCAAAAUGCGUUUGCCGUGGGAGCUUUCUGCGAUAUUUAGCGAUUAUCCACGUGUGUCCGCUGGGCUGGCAGGUAAUGCGGAAGACGCGGAAGAGGAGGACGAGGAUACGAUUGAGACAAACGAGGAUAGUCUUCGAAGGCUAAAAGCAGCCGAUGACACAACCAGACGCAUGACCAGAGACGAGUAUGUAUUCUAUUCCGAAUGUCGCCAGGCUUCAUUCACAUUCCGCAAAGCCAAGCGCUUCCGUGAAUUUAUCCAUGCGGGCUUGUACUUGGACGUGAAGCCCAGCGAUGAUACGAUCGAUAUUCUCGGCUUCCUUGCGUUUGAAGUCGUCCAUGAACUAUGCACAAGCGCGGUGCGAGUCAAGACUGAAUGGGAAGGAAAAGUACGUGCUGUACAAACGUCUGCCCAGCGUACAUCUGAGCAUGACGGGAUCCGGAGCGAAGAGAGAGCAGAGGAUGCACAAGAAGAGUCCACCUGUACUCUUUUCAGUAUGCCGCCGCGAUCCGAGCCGCCAUUGGAGGCCUGGCAUAUUCGCGAAGCAUUCGCACAGCUGCAACAUGACCGCCAUCUCUUAGAGACAGGCCGCAGAACUGCAGGACCGAGCGGGGGAUUGCGUCGUACACAGGUAUUUGUUAUAUAG